AUGGAGCAUCCUACACCUAAUCCCGAGCAUCAUAAGCAUCACGCUCAUCACUCCCUCGAGGACGACAAUAAAAGGCCUUCAAGCAAAAGGUCCAUCGAAUUCAGCUCACCGCUCGCCCAACCACCAGUUACAAGUUCGUCACCGACACAUCUGAAAGGAGAUGACCACAAAGAUCCCUUGGAGCGAGAGCCGAAAGAGCAGGGCUUCCUGGGUGCGCAGCUCAAUCAACUGAAAAGUGUGAGCGCAACAGUCGUUUGCCCAAAGUGUGGAGUAAGGGCCAUGACUAUCACACAAGUGCAUACUGGUGGUGUCACUCAUGCUGUGGCCUUGGCCUUAGUCAUUGGAUCCGCCGCUUUACUGGCCUGGGUACCCUACUUCGUCUCCUCGCUCAAGGAUGUUUAUCAUCACUGUGGCAGUUGUAAGAUACUUCUUGCUCAGUGGCACCGAAGUGGUCGCGUUGAAGUUUUCGCCUCCCAACAGUGA